UGGCAUUUUGAAUAUCAACCAAAAGGUUUCUGUUUUUGUGGCUGGCUGCGGAACACGGCCGGAUGUGACACACUUCUUGUUGGAAGACCUGCAAACUUCUUAAAGUCCGAUGUGGAGAAGAAUUCUGACCUGUUUUAUAAAGAUGUAAGUGAGAGAGCGACAAUGCUGACCUAGGGCUCAGGUAGCCAUUUAUUAGACAAGAGAAAAAACAUGAGGAAAUUAUGCAGAAUUUGCCCUAGUCACAUUGCCAUAGAUCUUCAUAAAAGCACUCUUCCUGAAAAAGUUUUCUGAAAGUAGUUGUAAAGGUUGAAAAGUGUGCCCUUUCAUUCACAAAUCCGCUUAACAGCACCCUCCUCCUAUUGAAAAGGCCCCCUUUCUAUCUCUUCGACCAUACCAUGAGUUUAUUUAAGUGCAAUGAACUAUAAUAUUGAAAAAAAUUAGACAACUGCUAGUAAAAAAAGUAAAAAGUAAAAAGCAACUUGCUACCGUAGCCAAAAAUUGUGUAGGAAAAAAAAAAAGGAUAGAAAUGAAAACUGCAUUAUGUAGUAAGAUGAAAAGGUCAGUUAGUACCAGAUGCAGUGGUAUAAACAUUUACAGGUGUUGAAAGUUAAUUUACAUGGUGAAAGUUGCUCUCCCUGUUGAUUAUUUUUUAGAUUGCUGAUGGAGCAAAUGGAAUUGUGACAGGUAGACUUGGAUGUUUUGAGAAUCCUUUGGGAUAG